UCCUCACCUGUCACCUCACAAUCGGAAGGAGUGAACCUUAGCCGGGACAUGCUGAUAUUUUCGUCGCAAAAAUAUCCAAAACUAAAACUUGAUGGAAUACUAACAUAGCAAACUAUGCGCUUUUGAUGUUUGGCUGUGUUUCCGUCUCUGAAUAACCAUAACUAUCUGUGCUGCUCACUUUGCAUACCCAAUUCCGGUGACAGGUUCAUACACUACUCUUCAAUGUGCUUGUUCUGAAUUUCACUCUCUCCUUUCGCUGAUUAUUAUUGGAAUUUUGCAUUUCUAUGGCUGUUUUAGUGCUCUGUUCUUCAACCAUGUGUUGUAGUGGUUUGUCCUCUUGUCUUGCUUUGAAUGACACCAAUGUUUAUGUCAUGAGCAACAAUGGGUUCUUUGGAGGAACCCCAUCUGUCAAAAUGAAUUUUUUUCCAAAUGGGUCUUUGGUAAAUUGGAAGAAACAUGGAAAAAGAAAAUUGGGUCUCCGUGUGUUUGAGACAAGACGUGCCCAUGAAGUGGUUGUGGUAAAUGGCAAUAGCAAAACUGGAGUGUCUUCUGAAGAAGUUAUUGGCGUUCUGAAGUCAAUUUCGGAUCCAAAUUCUGCUCUUUCGUACUUUAAGAUGGUUUCCCAGUUGCCCAACCUUGUGCACACCACUGAAACAUGCAAUUACAUGCUUGAGUUCUUGAGGGUUCAUGGGAGGGUUGAGGAUAUGGCUUUUGUCUUUGAUUUGAUGCAACAGCAAGUAAUUAACAGGAAUCCAAAUACAUACCUGACUAUUUUUAAGGCUCUUUCGAUUAAAGGUGGGAUUCGACAAGCACCAUUUGCACUUGGAAAGAUGAGGCAUGCUGGGUUUGUCUUGAAUGGAUAUUCAUAUAAUGGACUGAUUUAUUUCUUGCUCCAACCUGGCUUUUGUAAAGAGGCUUUGAAGGUUUACAAAAGAAUGAUCUCAGAAGGGAUGCAGCCUAGCAUGAAGACAUACUCAGCAUUGAUGGUAGCACUGGGGAGGAGAAGGGACACUGGAACCAUUAUGGAUUUAUUGGAAGAGAUGAAGACUUUGGGUCUGAGGCCAAAUAUCUACACAUAUACUAUAUGCAUAAGAGUGCUUGGGAGAGCAGGGAGAAUCGACGAUGCGUAUGAGAUUUUCAAGACAAUGGAUGAUGAAGGAUGUGGGCCUGAUGUUGUCACUUAUACAGUUCUAAUUGAUGCGCUUUGUGCUGCAGGGAAACUUGAUAUGGCCAGGGAGUUAUAUUCAAAGAUGAGAGCUAGCAGUCACAAACCAGAUCAGGUAACUUACACUACUUUAAUGGGCAAGUUUGGCAACUACGGUGACUUGGAAACAGUGAAAAGAUUCUGGAGUGAGAUGGAGGCUGAUGGUUAUGCUCCUGAUGUUAUUACCUACACUAUACUUAUUGAGACUUUAUGCAAGUCUGGGAAAGUUGAUCAGGCAUUUGAUAUGUUAGAAAUGAUGAGAGUGAAAGGAAUUUUUCCAAAUCUUCAUACUUACAACACGUUGAUCUCUGGACUUUUGAACCUGGGAAGAUUAGAUGAGGCAUUAGAGCUUUUCAACAGUAUGGAAUCUCUGGGUGUUGAACCUACUGCUUAUUCGUAUGUUCUUUUCAUUAACUAUUAUGGAAAGUUGGGCGAUCCUGAAAAAGCUCUUGGCACCUUUGAAAAAAUGAAAAAGAGAGGCAUUAUGCCAAGUAUAGCAGCAUGUAACGCAUCUUUAUAUAGUCUUGCUGAAAUGGGUAGGAUAAGAGAAGCAAAAGAUAUAUUCAACGAUCUUCACAAUUGUGGGCUUUUGCCAGACUCGGUAACCUAUAACAUGAUGAUGAAGUGCUACAGCAAAGCAGGUCAAAUAGACAAAGCCAUAAAACUUUUGACUGAGAUGUCAAGUGAAGGGUGUGAACCAGAUAUAAUUGUAGUUAAUUCUUUAAUUGACACACUUUACAAGGCUGACCGAGUUGAUGAGGCAUGGGAAAUGUUUGGGAGGUUGAAGGAUUUGAAGCUAGCUCCUACAGUUGUGACAUACAAGCUUACUGGUUUAGGGAAAGAGGGAAAACUCCUAAAGGCCCUUGAUUUGUUUGGGAGUAUGAAAGAGUCUGGAUGCCCUCCAAACACAGUAACUUUUAACACACUCCUUGAUUGUCUUUGCAAGAAUGAAGCAGUUGAUUUGGCCUUGAAAAUGUUCUGUAGAAUGACAAUGAUGGACUGUAGUCCUGAUGUUCUGACAUAUAACACUAUCAUUUAUGGCUUGCUCAAAGAAGGCAGAGCUUGUUAUGCGUUCUGGUUUUACCAUCAGAUGAAGAAAUUUCUCUCCCCUGAUCACGUAACAUUGUGCACCCUCCUUCCCGGUGUUGUAAAGCAUGGAAAGGUUGAGGAUGCAAUCAAGAUUGUCAUGGAAUUUGUUCAUCAGUCAGGUUUACAAACAGGCAAUCAAUACUGGGGAGAACUAAUGGAAUGUAUUUUGAUUGAAGCAGAAAUAGAAAAGGCCAUUUCAUUUGCAGAAGGAUUGGCAUGCAAUUCUAUUUGCCAAGAUGAUAAUGUGAUAUUACCUCUAAUUAGAGUCCUUUGUAAGCGGAACAAGGCUCUUCAGGCUCGAAAUUUGUUUGACAAAUUCACAAAAACAUUGGGAAUUCACCCAACCGCAGAAUCAUACAACUGCUUGAUGGAUGGGCUUCUUCGAUGUAAUAUCACCGAAGCAGCUUUGAAACUUUUUGCUGAGAUGAAGAAUGCAGGUUGUUGCCCAAAUAUUUUCACCUACAACUUGUUGCUUGAUGCUCAUGGCAAAUCUAAGAGGAUCGAUGAACUUUUUGAACUUUACAAUGAGAUGCUUUGUAGGGGAUGCAAGCCCAAUAUUAUAACCCAUAAUAUUGUCAUCUCUGCCCUUGUGAAAUCUAAUAGCAUAAACAAGGCAUUAGAUUUAUAUUAUGAACUUGUAAGUGGUGAUUUCUCUCCCACGCCUUGUACAUACGGCCCUCUUAUAGAUGGCCUUCUAAAGGCUGGAAGAUCAGAGGAAGCAAUGACGAUUUUUGAGGAGAUGUCAGACUAUCAAUGCAAGCCUAACUGUGCUAUUUAUAAUAUUCUCAUCAAUGGAUUCGGGAAAGCAGGCAACGUCGAUAUUGCUUGUGAUUUGUUCAAAAGGAUGGUGAAAGAAGGCAUAAGGCCAGACUUGAAGUCCUAUACCAUUCUUGUGGAAUGUUUGUGCAUGGCUGGUAGAGUUGAUGAUGCUGUGCACUACUUUGAGGAACUAAAGUUAACUGGCCUUGACCCUGAUACUGUUUCUUACAAUCUCAUGAUCAAUGGCCUUGGAAAAUCAGGUAGGUUGGAGGAAGCUCUUUCUCUUUUAAGUGAAAUGAAGAAUAGGAGAAUUGCUCCUGAUCUUUAUACUUACAAUGCAUUCAUUUUCCAUUUUGGAAAUGCUGGAAUGGUGGACCAAGCUGGAAAGAUGUUUGAGGAGCUGCAACUUAUGGGUCUUGAACCUAAUGUCUUCACUUUUAAUGCUCUCAUUCGUGGGCAUAGUAUGUCAGGAAACAAAGACCGUGCCUUUUCUGUCUUCAAGAAGAUGAUGGUUGUGGGGUGUAGCCCCAAUGCCGGAACAUUUGCUCAAUUGCCUAAUAAAUGUUGAUUUACUGAGUUAUCUUGUGGGAACAUUUAUUAUGUCACUGAUCUCAAAAGGGAGGCAUGAAGGGUCACUUUGCCUUGGAAAAGGCCUUGGAGAUUGGAAUUGCGUACCAAUCUUUCAACAAAUGAUUGGUUUGCAAAAUAUAUAUUUCAUUCUGAAAACUGCAGCUGAUUAAUGGUGAUAAUUACUUGUGUAAAAAAAAGUCUUCGUGGUACUUAGGACAAAUUCUGUACAUUGACUGCAGCUUCCCUAUUGUAUAGAUGAGGCUUUUGGGGCUGAUUAUAGAGAGGUGAGAAUGGAGAAGGGGUUGGAGUGUGUGUUGUUGGGAAAAUGGGAGAAAUAAGGGAAUUGAGAUGUAAUCAUAUCGUACCAAGAUGUAAACCAACGAUGAAAUAUAUAAAACAUAAGGAUACUUUACA